GACGGUUGCUGAGCGGGCUUGGCAUCCCGGUCGCGGCGCCUUCCGCCUGACCGCUCCUAAUCCAUCUGUUGGAUCCCGAACGACCUAAGGUGAGCCCGUGCCGGGCGGGCGGGCCGGACUAAGAGAAUUCCCUGAGCUGGUGUCAGCUGCCAAAGGCACUGGGGAACUCACCAGGAGGCGACGGACAGAGCUAGGGGCCAGCAAGAUGGCGGACGAAACAUUAGCUGGGCUGGAUGAGGGAGCCUUGCGGAAGCUGCUGGAGGUCACAGCGGAUCUAGCAGAGCGGCGGCGCAUCCGCUCAGCCAUCCGGGAGCUGCAGCGGCAGGAGCUGGAACGUGAGGAGGAGGCCCUGGCAUCCAAGCGCUUCCGUGCCGAGCGGCAGGACAACAAGGAGAACUGGCUGCACUCUCAGCAGCGGAAGGCUGAGCAGCAGGCUGCUCUGGCGCGGCUGGCAGGACGGCUGGAGUCCAUGAGUGAUGUGGAGGAGCUGACCACACUGCUGCGAGGCGCUGCUGAGUACGAGGAACGCAAGCUGAUCCGAGCCGCCAUCCGCCGUGUACGGGCCCAGGAGAUUGAGGCCGCCACAUUGGCUGGAAGGUUGUGCAGCGGGCGUCCCAGCAGUGGCUCAAGAGAGGACAGCAAGGGGCGGGCAGCACACAGGCUGGACCGGUGUGAGGUGCCAAAGCCAGAGGAACAGGAGCAGCAGGCAGAGGUCCCAGAGCCAACUCCAACCCCCAAUGGCACCAGCCAUGACGUGACGACAGUGACACUACUGCUUCGGGCCCCACCUGGGGGCACACCCAGCUCACCUGCCUCAGCCGACAGUUCACCCCCCACUACCUCUCCUGAGCCUCCACUGGAGCCUGCCGAGGCCCCACGCCCUGCCACUGAGGCUCUGGGUGGCCCCAAGCCACCUCCCAGCCCGCCCAGGGCUGCCAGCCCUGAGCCCCAGGAGCCUCCAGCCACCCCCAGCACGGAGGGGCAGGUGGUCAACAAGCUCCUGCCUGGCCCCACAGAGCCCCCUGCUGCUGAUGGCCCUACCAAAGGUCCCUCCGACACAAAGAGAGCAGACCUGGCUGGCCCUCGCCCCUGCCAACGCUCCCUGUCUGUGCUGAGCCCCCGCCAGCCAGUCCAGAACCGAGAGCCCACCCCCCUUGCCAGCGGACCUUCCCUGUUCCAGCGGGCUGGCUCCAUACGGGACCGUGUGCGCAAGUUCACAUCCGAUUCUCCUAUGGCUGCUGGGCUCCAGGAAGGCCCACUCCGGGCAGCCCUAGGUCCCUCGACCCCUGCAAGGCUCCCAGGCUCCUCCCACAUCAGCACCACCCCUGCCUCCUCCUCCAGGGGCCCCUCCUCACGGGGCCCCAGUGACACCUCCUCCCAGUUCAACAAGGAUCAGCGAGGAACAGCCCGGCCCCUGGCCCAACUUCAGAGCUGCCCCAGGGAGGAGGGCCCCAGGGGGCGGGGCUUGGCUGUCAGGCCCCUUGAAAACAGAGCAGGGGGGCCCAUGGCCCGCUCAGAGGCGCCCAGUGCCCCGCUAGCCGUGGCCGUGGGCACUGCUGAGCCAGGGGCCAGUAUGAAGACCACAUUCACCAUCGAGAUCAAGGAUGGCCGGGGCCAGGCCUCCACGGGCCGGGUGCUGCUGCCCACAGGCAACCAGAGGGCAGAACUGAUGCUGGGGCUGCGGGCGCCCCCCACCCUCCUUAGCACCAGCAGUGGGGGCAAGAGCACCAUCACGCAUAUCAGCAGCCCUGGGAACGUGGCUCGGCUGGGCAGUGUCACUCACGUCACCAGCUUCAGCCAUGCCUCCCCUGGUAGCCGAGGAGGCUGCAGCAUUAAGAUGGAGCCAGAACCAGCAGAGCCCCCCUCUGCAGCAGUGGAGGUGGCCAAUGGCGCCGAGCAGACCCGCGUGGACAAAGCACCAGAGAGGCGGAGCCCUCUGAGCACCGAGGAGCUGAUGACCAUUGAGGAUGAGAGUGUCCUGGACAAGAUGCUGGAUCAAACUACGGACUUUGAGGAGCGGAAGCUCAUCCGGGCUGCGCUACGUGAGCUCCGACAAAGGAAGAGAGACCAGCGGGACAAGGAACGGGAACGGCGGCUGCAAGAGACACGGGCCCGCCCAGGGGAGGGCCGUGGCAACACGGCCACCAAGACCACCACGCGACACAGCCAACAGACAGCCGAUGGCUCAGCUGUCAGCACUGUCACCAAGACCGAGCGGCUCGUCCACUCCAAUGAUGGCAGACGGACGGCCCGCACCACCACGGUGGAGUCGAGUUUUGUGAGGCGCUCAGAGAGUAAGGCCGCCUGGCGUCUUCUCAUGCCUGCCUGCCAGCCCACCUUCCUCAAACUCUCUCCGAACUUCCAUCUGUGUGUCUCUCUGUCCAGCCGUCACUUUCUCUUCUCUGCCUGUGGCUACCUCCAUCCCUCUACCAACCUCCCGCCCCAUCUCCCACAUCCAGCCCAGGACCUCACCCUGCUCCCCUUCCCCUUUCUUGCAGAUGGUGGUGGCAGCACCAUGAUGCAAACUAAGACCUUUUCCUCUUCAUCAUCCAAGAAGAUGGGCAGUAUCUUCGACCGAGAGGAUGAAGCCAGCCCGCGGCCCGGCAGCCUAGCGGCGCUGGAGAAACUCCAGGCAGAGAAGAAGAAAGAGCUGAUGAAGGCGCAGAGCCUGCCCAAGACCUCGGCCUCCCAGGCGCGUAAGGCCAUGAUUGAGAAGCUGGAGAAGGAAGGCACCGCUUGCAGCUCUGGCGGACCCCGCGCAGCUGUGCAGCGCUCCACCAGCUUCGGUGUCCCCAAUGCCAACAGCAUCAAGCAGAUGUUGCUGGACUGGUGCCGAGCCAAGACACGUGGCUACGAGCAUGUGGACAUCCAGAACUUCUCCUCGAGUUGGAGUGACGGAAUGGCCUUCUGUGCCCUGGUGCACAACUUCUUCCCUGAAGCCUUCGAUUAUGGGCAGCUCAGCCCACAGAACCGGCGCCAGAACUUCGAGGUGGCCUUCUCAUCCGCUGAGACCCAUGCGGACUGCCCGCAGCUCCUGGACACAGAGGACAUGGUGCGGCUUCGAGAGCCUGACUGGAAGUGCGUGUACACGUACAUCCAGGAGUUCUACCGCUGUCUGGUCCAGAAGGGGCUGGUAAAAACCAAAAAGUCCUAACCCCUGCUGGGGUCCCACGGAUGCUGGUGGACUGCGUACCCCUCGUGGAGGUGGAGGACAUGAUGAUCAUGGGCAAGAAGCCCGACCCCAAGUGCGUUUUCACCUACGUGCAGUCGCUCUACAACCACCUGCGGCGCCACGAGCUGCGCCUGCGCGG